UCGGAUCCAAUUCCAUCCACCCGCCCGUAUCUCACCGUCCAAGGAUCCAAGGGAAGGGUUCACAAAAUCCAGACCUAUCUCACUCAGACCAUUGAUCCUACAACCUGUCCGCUAACCAGAUCCAACCGUCUGUCAGUUGCACUAUUGACUAGUCAUGUGAUAAAAAGAGAUAGACGGAAGGUUGCGACAAGAGAUAUAUAAGAAGAGCAUAUUAUAUAGUUGUAGCUUUCCAAGGUUGCCAGAACCAGAGUUUCUAGAGAGAGAGAGAGAGAGAGAGAGAGAGAGGCUAUGGAGAUAGAGAGAGAGAAGCACGCUUACCAGGCAAAGCUUGCUGAGCAAGCCGAAAGAUACGAUGAGAUGGUUGAAGAAAUGAAGAAAGUUGCCGAGUUGGAUGUGGAACUGAGCGUGGAGGAGCGACAUUUGGUGUCAGUUGGGUAUAAGAAUGUGAUCGGGGCAAGAAGGGCGUCAUGGCGGAUACUGUCUUCAAUUGAACAGAAGGAGGAGGCAAAGGGAAGUGAACAAAAUGAGAAGAGAAUAAAGGAGUACAGGAAGAGGGUUGAAGACGAGCUUGCGAAAAUUUGCCAUGAUAUACUAACAGUUGUUGAUAAUCACCUCCUCCCAUCUGCGUCCACAGGGGAAUCCACUGUUUUUUACCAGAAGAUGAAAGGAGAUUACUAUCGAUAUCUAGCUGAAUUCAAAGCAGGUGAUGCUCGUAAAGAAGCUGCUGAUCAGUCGCUCAAAGCCUAUGUGAAUGCCAUUGAUACUGCUGCCUCUGAGUUGCCCCCAACACACCCAAUCAGGCUUGGCCUGGCUCUAAACUUUUCUGUUUUCUACUACGAAAUUCUAAACUCCCCUGAGAGAGCGUGUCAUCUAGCUAAGAAGGCAUUCGAUGAGGCUAUUGCUGAACUUGACAGCCUCAACGAAGAAUCCUACAAGGACAGUAGCCUCAUUAUGCAGCUUCUCAAAGAUAAUCUCACAGUGUGGACCUCGGAUCUGCCAGAGGGAGGUGAGCAAUUUAAAGUUGAAGAACCCCAUCCAGAGGUAAGGCGGAACUAAAUGGGGAUUGGAGAGACUAAUUAUUUGGGACUGGCUUUCAGCGAUGGAGCAACAUAAGCCGUGUGACUCAACAGAUUACUAAGUUUGUAGUGCAGGGAAAGUGAGUACUGCUAUUGGCUUGUAUCAGUGUAUGUAUUGUCUAUUAACAUAAUCAUACUCUAAAUUUGUGAUCCUGAGGGAAUUUGUAUGCCAAAAUGUUGAACACUUACAUAUGCUCUCCCUAUCAGAUUUGUUUCUUUCUUCA